GGAGCCACAUUCUGCAGCCGGCUGAGCUCUGUCCUCCAGAGCACCUCCCAGUCCCCUCGAGUCCAGUCUUCUCACUGCACCAGGAACCAGCCAUCAUGUCUCGCCAGUCGAGUGUGUCUUUCCGGAGCGGGGGCAGCCGUAGCUUCAGCGCUGCCUCAGCCAUCACCCCAUCUGUCUCCCGCACCAGCUUCACCUCCGUGUCCCGUUCUGGCGGAGGUGGUGGUGGCUUCGGCAGGAUCAGCCUGGGGGGUGCAGGCGGUGCCGGUGGUGGCUAUGGCAGCCGGAGCCUGUACAAUGUGGGGUCCUCCAAGAGGAUCUCCAUGAGCACCGGGGGCGGCAGCUUCAGGAACCGAUUUGGCGGUGCUGGAAGCGGCUAUGGCUUGGGAGGAGGCGCAGGGAGCGGAUUUGGUUUCGGCGGUGGAGCUGGUGGUGGCUUUGGGUUCGGUGGUGGAUCUGGAGCUGGCUUUGGAGGUGGAUUCGGUAGCACUGGCUUCCCUGUCUGCCCCCCUGGAGGCAUCCAGGAGGUCACUGUUAACCAGAGCCUCCUGACGCCUCUCAAUCUGCAAAUCGACCCCACCAUCCAGCGGGUGAGGACAGAAGAAAGAGAGCAGAUCAAGAGCCUCAACAACAAGUUUGCCUCCUUCAUCGACAAGGUGCGCUUCCUAGAGCAGCAGAACAAGGUCCUGGACACCAAGUGGACCCUGCUCCAGGAGCAGGGCACCAGGACAGUGAGGCAGAGCUUGGAGCCCCUGUUUGAACAGUAUAUCAACAACCUCAAGAGGCAGCUGGAUGGUGUCCUGGGGGAGAGGGGUCGCCUGGACUCUGAGCUGAGAAACAUGCAGGAUUUGGUGGAGGACUUCAAGAACAAGUAUGAAGACGAAAUCAAUAAGCGCACCACUGCUGAGAACGAGUUUGUGAUGCUGAAGAAGGAUGUGGAUGCUGCCUACAUGAACAAGGUGGAGCUGGAGGCCAGGGUCGAUGCUCUGAUGGAUGAAAUCAACUUCAUGAAGAUGUUCUUUGAGGCGGAGCUGUCCCAGAUACAGACACAUGUCUCAGACACCUCUGUGGUCCUGUCCAUGGACAACAACCGCUCCCUGGACCUGGACAGCAUCAUUGCCGAGGUCAAGGCCCAGUAUGAGGACAUUGCCAACCGCAGCAGGACGGAAGCUGAAUCCUGGUACCAGACCAAGUAUGAGGAGCUGCAGCAGACUGCAGGCCGGCAUGGCGAUGACCUCCGAAACACCAAGCACGAGAUUUCCGAGAUGAACCGCAUGAUCCAGAGACUGAGAGCUGAGAUCGACAAUGUAAAGAAGCAGUGCGCCAACCUGCAGAAUGCCAUUGCUGAUGCUGAGCAGCGUGGGGAGCUGGCCCUCAAGGAUGCCAGGAACAAGCUGGCAGAGCUGGAGGACGCCCUGCAGAAGGCCAAGCAGGACAUGGCCAGGCUGCUGAGGGAGUACCAGGAGCUCAUGAAUGUGAAGCUGGCCCUGGACGUGGAGAUUGCCACCUAUAGGAAGCUGCUGGAGGGCGAGGAGUACAGACUGAGUGGAGAAGGUGUUGGACCAGUCAAUAUCUCUGUCGUCACGAACAGCGUCUCUUCUGGCUAUGGCGGUGGCAGUGGCUUUGGUGGAGGCCUUGGCGGGGGUCUUGGCAGUGGUCUUGGCAGUGGUCUUGGUGGAGGUGGCGGCUACUACUCUGGCAGCAGUGGAGGCAUAGGCAUGGGAGGAGGGCUCAGUGUAGGGGGCUCUGGCUUCAGUGCUAGCAGUGGCCGGGGCAUGGGGGUGGGAUUUGGCAGUGGCGGGAGCAGUAGCUCCAGCGUCAAGUUCGUGUCCACCACGUCCUCCUCCCGGAAGAGUUUCAAGAGCUAAGAUGCAAGAGGCUGGUGCAGUUAUUGCCAACCUGCCCUCCCACCCCCACCCCACCCCACCCACCCCACCCCAUGGCCACCCCAUCCCUACACCCAGUGCAGCAACUUAGCCCAUGGUGAGCACCUCUUCCAGGUGUUUGCCGAGGCCAAGUUUUCUUUUUUGCUGGAGUGUUGUCUAGAUACCAUAGCCUUGUUCCUAGAGGAAUCCCAUCCCCUAUCUCCUAUCUCCCAUGUUGAGAGUCCAUGUUCAGCUUCAAAUUGACCUUUAAGGUCUCUACAGCAUGAUCCUUAUUGACAGAAGAUCCAAAGUUUCCCAGUGUCUAACCCAAGCCCAAAUUUUGUUAUGGAUCUGACUACCUCCAGCGUUUGUUCAAUAAAAAUGCUUUUAUAAUAUAA